ACAAAAGCGAAAUAUUCGAAAUAACUAAUAUGAAAGACUGAAUAAUUAUUUUUUGAGCAACUUCACUAAUCAUAUAAUGCUAGUAUGUUUAUUUUAGUUGUAUUAAAAGAUACUAUAAAAAUACAACCUUGGAAUUUUGGAAAAAAGAGGACAGGUGUAAUAUUAGAUGCUCUAAAUAAUAAAUUAUCAAACAAGGUUAUCAAUGAUGUUGGAAUGUGCUUAACUGUUUGGGAUCUUCUAAAAAUCGACGAUAGCUGUAUUCUUCCAGGAGAUGGCGCAACGCACACGAAUGUGUCCUUCAGAGCUGUGGUACUUCGACCAUUUGUUGAUGAAAUAUUAGUUGGAAAAAUAAAGUCCUGUAGCAAAGAAAGCGUUCAAGUUAGUGUUGGUUGUUUUGACGAUAUAUUCAUACCACCAGAGAAUUUACAAGAAAAUUCCAAAUUUGACAGCAGAGAACAAGUGUGGAUUUGGCAGUAUGAAGAUGGAGGACAAGCACAUGAUUUAUUUAUGGAUGUUGGAGAACAAAUUCGAUUUAGAGUAAUUAGUGAGAAAUUCGUAGAUCUCUCUCCUAGCGGACCACAAUAUAAUGAAAAAGAAAGAGUGGAAAACGAUUCAAGAGUACCGUAUGAAAUUAUAGUAAGUCUAAUAGCUUAAAAGCAUCCUAAAUAUAAAAUAUCAAACCGUUGCUCUUUCAGGGAUCUAUUUGUGAACCGGGUUUAGGAUUAUUAUCAUGGUGGAAUGCCGCAUAGACAAUCCUUUGAAUCCUUUUUAACUCUCUUCUAUUUUUGUUUCAUUAUUUACUUCUUUGUUUACAAAAAACACUUAUAUUUUUUUAUGCUUAUUAAACAAACAAAAAAUGAAAGCUUUUUAUUUCUAAACAAACUCAAAACUAUUCAAUAAUAAAGUAAGAUACUUCUUCAAUGAAGACUUAACAACCA